AUGUGUUUGCGUCGAGAAACGGAGAUGGAUGUCCAAGAGUCCAAGAGCACCGGUGAAAUUGGUGAAGACACGUCUCUUUUCACCAAAAUGUCAAGGUUACUGACAUUUCUCAUUGGAGCAGUUAUUGUCGUUGGAGCAAAAGGAUGCUCGGCUGGAACGGGAAAUAACGACUAUGAGUGGAUUGAGGAUCCAGUAUUUAACAUGGAUAUAAGUCCGCCCGUAGGCUGGACAUAUUUCCCGGCAAAAAGUAGCGAUAACUAUCAAAUUUGGUAUUUUGUUGGACAAUCAAAUGAUACCUUACUUGCAAAACAGCGAGCAAAUACUGAAAUUAGAGCAGCGAUGAUGGAAGCGUUGACAGCGGCAAAUAUGCCAUUAUAUGGUGUAGAAGUGACAAGCGACUACAUGCCUGUGCAGGUUGAAAAUCCCACCACAAAUUUGAAAGGGGUUGGUCCACUCUACGGAAAGGUGGAAGCGGGAGCUGUGGCGCAGACAUCCAUUGGUGGAACAGCCGAUUUCGUAUUCCAACCGUAUACGGUGGCCGUGAAAGUUUCGCUCCGGAACGUGGCAAAUACUCGAUACCAAUGGAAUAUCGCCAAGAACACGUUCAUGCAAAAAUUAUCCUUAGGUUUUAACGCUCGCUUUAAUGGUGAAGUGACUGUGGAUAAAUUUUAA